UGCGAGAGGUACGGGGAUCGAUACCCCGCAUCUCCAUUUUUUCAAUUUUUUGGAAACUUCUCGGUGUUAUGGCAAAUGUGUUCAAAAAGCUUCAAAAGUUAGAUGGUUUGCAAACUCUAUUUGAGGCUGCCGAGGGUGAGCUGCAAGGACAAAGCGUGGUAAAGGCCUUAUCUUGCUUCAACAAUAAGCAUAUUUAUGUUGGGUGUGAUGAAGCAUUCAGAUUAAACCCAUCUGGGAAUAUUAAUAUACCAGUUGAGGCCACUGAUUUUUUCUGCAGUGGACCAUGCCUAACAGAAGCACAGCUAGUGCUUAAUUGCAUAGAUGAUAUACUGUCUAAUUUCUUAUUCUACAACAAAGCCACUGUACAACAAAUGAGAUAUGCACUGAAUGCUGGCUGCAGCUUCUCAAGACAAAGAGGUAACUUCAAUUUGGCAGAGUACAUAGGAGGAGAGACAAGUAAUGCUCCUAAAUCAACAAUCCUGAGUAAAUCCUAUGUUUUCAUUCUAGCAGGAGCUACAGCAGUAGCAGGAGCAGUUUAUUUAAUUUGAAAACAGGUAGUAGCAGCAAGAAGCAGAUACUAAUGGACAUCAUUAAAAGUUUUAACAGGAUGCUGAAAGCUUCCUACUUUCUUGUAACAACAUGAAUGGCUGUUGUCUUAGUCUAUACCAUAUUGUAUUGUACAAUCUGAAGUAAGGUUUCAUUUUAAAUAAAAUAUAUACAGAUAGUAUUGAUUCUA